CAAAGGUGAGAGAACAGCAGAGCAUCACCUGACAUGGCAACUAAAAUCAUUUAUUUUACUGUAAAUGGAAGACCAGAACAAGCGGAGUUUCCCAUUGACUGUCCUGCACAAGAUGUUAAAGAUCUUUUCCGAGCUGCAGCUGAAGCGGGGCCUCAUGACAUCUUAAAACUCUACAAUACUAAAGGCAAUAUCAUUAAUAUUUCCCCUCAGCUGGCUCCCAACAGUCCUCAGUCCUGCUAUAAGCUGGAAGUGGUUGCUGCAGACUGCAACAGUGAGCUGUUAGGUUCAGAGCUGGCCAUUGCUCUGGGAUUUGACCUCUCUUCUAUGGAGAAAAGGUUACAGAGCCUGGAGAAACUUUUUUUAGCUGAAGCAGCAGAGACUCCUGCCAUCGUGUAUGAGAUGAAGAGACAGGUGGAGUCAUUCAGAGAGAAACUUGAGAGUGUUGAGCACCUGAGCUGGCUGGGACUGUUUAAGGACAUGUCGGAAGGCACCCACAAGCCCUCCCCUUUCUACCAUAAAAGAACCCUGCGCAAGACCCGUGAGGAGUGUGAGCAUGUCAGGGAAAAGUUCCUCCAAAUGAGUUCUUUGGAGGUUUCUGAAAAGGUGAGACAGUAUCUUAAAACACCGACCUUUGAUAACUGGCAAUGGGAGGAUGCUGAGAUGAUGGUGCUGCUCCAGGUGAUGUACACAGAUCUGGACUUCAUCUCCACCUUCAGCAUUGAGCUGGACGUGCUGCAGCAGUUUCUUUAUGAAGUGUACCGACGCUACAAUAACAUCCCCUUCCACAACUUCAAGCACUGCUUCUGUGUCACUCAGAUGAUGUAUGGGCUGAUAUGGCUAACAGAUCUCAAAAGCAAGAUUGACAGUAUUGACCUUCUCAUCAUGCUGACCUCAGCCGUCUGUCACGAUCUAGAUCACACCGGCUACAACAACGCCUACCAGAUUAAUGCCCGAACUGAGCUUGCGUUGAGAUACAAUGACAUCUCCCCACUGGAAAAUCACCACUGCGCUGUAGCCUUUGAAAUGCUGGAAAAGAAUGAAUGCAACAUUUUCCGAAACUUGCCGACAGAGCACUACAAAAGAAUAAGAGAGGGCAUAAUUAAAUGUAUUCUCGCUACUGAUAUGAGCAGACAUACAGAAAUCCUCAACAAGUUCAAAACCAUUCUCCCUGUUUUCGACUUCAGCAACAAGGAUCACAGAGAUGUGUUGAUGAUGAUCAUUAUUAAAGUAAGUGAUAUAUCCAAUGAGGCGAGACCCAUGGAUGUGGCAGAACCGUGGCUGGACUGUCUGCUGCAGGAGUUCUUCAAUCAGAGUGACAUGGAGAAGUUGGAAGGUCUUCCUGUCACCCCGUUCAUGGAUCGAGACAAAGUAAACAAACCGUCUUCUCAGACUGGUUUCAUACGCUUCGUUCUCUUUCCUCUCUUCAUCGAACUGGCUAACCUGUUCCCCUGUCUGGAGCAACACAUUAUUGACCCAGUGCAGAAAGCCCUGGAUUAUUACACAGAGAUGGAGAAAGCUCUGGAGAGGGAGAAACAGAACCGGACCUCGAGUGAGGUGGUCAAGCCAAGCACCUCAAAAGAGUCAGAAGCUCACCCAGAACCCUGUGGGACGUCAAAACCAGUCAACCUGUAAUAGCCUCAGACUGUUAAAUGUUCAUUCUAUGAUGAAAGUUGCGCUUUAAGGCUUAAAGUAAAUGUAUUAGGCUUUUUUUACCAGCAAAAUGUGCUCUUUUAAUAGUGGAGGGCACAAGUGAAAAUACUAUUUUCCCUCUUUGUCUAUCUUUUGCAUUUAAAAUCACAAUGAGAACUGUUUUUCUGUCAAUGAAUGUAGUGAACAUGCACAGUCAGCCCAGAGGAUGGCGCUACUAAAAGCUACAAUUUCUUUGCCAGAAGAGAGGAGGCUGAAAAUUUAACUUUUCCAUUAAAUUAUUGAAAUAAGAGAAUUGUUGUAAUUGACUGCAGUAGGUCUGAAAUAUAGAUCAUGGUCACAGGUUUACUGACACUGAUUUUUCAAUGGGUCAAAAACAGAAAUGAAACCAUCACAAGACUUUUACAUCCAAAUUUAUUUUACAAAAGAAAACUUGCUUCUCUUUACACAUCUAUUUCCCCAAAAAACAUAUAGUGUUUCUUUAAUCUGAUUAUGCAAAUGGAAUAUUAUGCAUGCAGUUUUGCAUUACUCUCAAAUACCAUCCUGCACAAGUAAUACCCACAAUUCCAUUUGAAGCCAUUAAGUUGCAGGUAAAGCAUUAGCAUGCAGCACUGUACACUUUUGCAUAGUAAAUGGCGGUCAUUUAUUUUGGAUUCAUUUCUCAUCGUCCUUUACCAACAUGCCAUUGCAUGAAACUGAACUUUAACUGAGGAACAAAACAAAAAAAAAAUCGAUUCUCAGGAUGGAAGGGUCAGUGAAACUCAUUCUCCAUGGUUUUACCGGGGUAGUGGUGUGAAUUUAGGAAGUACAUUGUUUGUUUUUACAAAAUGAAUUAGGUCUGUCCAAUUGUUGAAUAAUUUUAACCAUAUAGAAUGACAUUUAAAGCUAAAUAUAGGAUGAAUAGGCUUAACACACAUUUAAAUACAUCCCCAGAGCUCU